AACUCUGCUCCGGUCUCCGUGCGACGCCGGAUCUUCACUCACCACUAUUGAUAGCCGGUGAAGAAAAUGCCACUACAAAUAUGAUGGACUCACAUUACUUUGGAUUACAAGAUGGACAGUCUGUCGACCGCGAUAGUCCCUAGAACCUCCUCGGAACCAGAAGUGAGAUUAAGUUACCACCCUUUGCUCAGUAUCCCGGCAGAAUUCGUACAACAUAUAACCGGUGUAGCCCCACCGAUAACUCAGGCUCUCAAUUGUGCCAAGCAAUUUGGUGCGGACUUCAAAACGGAUCCAGUAACAACUUUUUCGCCGGCCAAACAUUGGUAUUUUCCCGGUGAGUUGGAACAAUGCGAGAAUUUCGACCGGGAUAAACCUCAAGCCGGAGAGCGUCCGCGAGGUCGCAGAGGGUCUAUUUGUCGUCCUUCUAUGGGGAAGCUGAGUCGUUCGUAUCGCGCACACUCUGUGAAACCUCCCUAUUCUUAUAUUGCACUAAUCACCAUGGCAAUAUUACACGCACCUCACCGUCGGCUCACCUUGGGUGGAAUCUGUGAUUUUAUCAUGACACAAUUUCCAUACUAUAGAGAACGCUUUCCAGCAUGGCAGAACUCAAUCAGACAUAACCUGUCUCUCAAUGAUUGUUUUGUGAAAAUUCCACGGGAACCGGGAAACCCGGGCAAAGGAAAUUAUUGGAUGCUUGAUCCCAAUUCAGUGGAUAUGUUUGAUAACGGCAGCUUCCUGCGACGACGCAAACGUUACAAGCGUGCGUCAGCGAUGGAAUCGCAUGAUCCGAUGAACGGACUGGAAGGUGAGCAGGAAGACUUAACUUUGGCGCCACUUGAUUUCAGUAGGAAUUGUGACCACAUUUCAACCGCUGAACCCCUAAUAUCCAUCUACGGACCAUGUACCCAUCAGUCGAAACUGCUGGGGGAGGAUACUCUGUCGUGUCUGAAGGGAUUUGUAACCCCGGAACAUCUACUGAAUGAGACGAGGUUCACACGAUCAGGUAAAUAUUCACUUUGUUCCGGAUCCCUGAGCGCUCUGGUCGUUAAUUCCCCCGAUCUGGCCCCAACCACUACCACACCUGGAAUUUCGUUACACAUACAACCAUUGACCUCAUCAACUACGUUAGAUGCGACCUCUUGUGUUUCACCCAAGCUCACGGGUCAAACUGAUCGUUGCCUCAAAUACCCCAGUACCAAACAUUCAUUUCACAUAGAGCACAUUUUACGGUCGCCGAGCCCUAUACAGCCUCAUUGUGUAUCAACACAAAAACUGGACCACCGCCUCGAACCACAUUCCAUACAGACUAUCCCGGAGUGCGCACACGCUGCUGCAUGGACUAUGGGAGAGAAGACCGCUUGGACGUUCCCCGGAGGAAGGCUUUCAUGCACAUUUGAAUCCGGCUAUUCUUCACCGCCACCGCCACUACCUUCGUGGUACUCGUGGUUGGAUCGGGUGGGGAGUGGCGAACUUCACAGAUUAUUCUUGUCAAUGUGCCCGCAAACCUCAUGUCCUCCGUUGGCUACCGUCACAAACACUGUGCAUACUGAAGUCGCUUCACUGUUUCGGGUGUAGCUCAAAUAUAUGCUGUGACAAGCCCAAUUAACUUCGCCACAGGCGUUUACAAGGAAUGAAGUAAGAUCAUCUUCUCCUCCUCUUAGAACGUUGUAACCGUUUACAAAAGUUUUCCUUUCCAAUGUCUUCAGGAGCAUGUCGCUUCCUCCUCUCCCGAUCUACAUCAUAUUAUACACACAACUGGUCUCAUGUUAGAUUACAAGAGGAGAUACCAUACUUAUUCGAACAUAUUACUGAGCCUAUUGCGUAAACCUACAUUUCACGUAAUGGCAUAUACCUAUUAUAACAGCUAUCUUUGCUUUAUC